AUGGAGAACUUCACAGCUGCCGAACUUUUGACACCAUAUCCAACGCUCGAAGAACAGCGUAGAAAUGAGCAGUUAACAGAAGCUGAUCGAGACGUCAUUCUGGCCGAAAGACUCACGGUUGAUGUUGACAAUGAGCACACUAAAAUGGUAAGGUGGAAAGAACAGAGUCAACUUGCUCCGGCACUGCCUUUGACCCGCGUGCUUGUACGAAGCCUUAGUGCGCAGAAAUACGCAACGGUUCCCAAUUGUCACAAUUAUAUCAGAGACUUUGGCAAAGGUUUUAUCAAAAAAUGUGGCAUAUCUCCUGAUGGUUUUGUUCAGAUGGCAAUUCAGCUAGCCAACUACAGGGACCAAGGCCGCUUUGUGCUCACAUAUGAACCGGCAUCAGCUCGAUUUUACAAGAAUUCGCGCACGGAAACGUUGCGAACUGUGACGGAUGAAUCGUGCGAGUUUGUCUAUGCUAUGAUAAAUGGAAAUGCUUCUGUGGGUUCUCUUUCUGUCUCGAAAGAGACGAUGUCAAACAUAAUUUUCUUAAUGAAUGAGCAGCUAGAGAUGUCCGUGUAA